GCUCACGGUCCCCUCCCUGCCGCAGAGCAACAGAGGGUAAAAGAAGGGGGAGGGUGAAAAGCAAGAAUGACUCAUUACCAAAAGGAAGUGCUCAAGCCAUAGGGAGGCAUGCCACAGGGGAUUUCAGGGCGAGGACUGUGAGGAGCUAGGUGCUCAGGGUGAUGGGGGCAAAAAUCAACGUCUUGUAGUUCCUGCUGCUAGUCUUUAAGAUGGGGGUGUGGGGGGUUCGCGGCAGCCGACUGCCAAGGCCUGGGAAGCGGCGCGGCGCGUGCGCAGUGGCGUUCGGCGGGACCCGCUGAGGCAAAGCGGAGCCGCAGUGACAGAAGCAAGCGGAGCGGCCGCCAGGAAGGACUCACCGAGGCGCAGGGGCUGGAGGUGGUGCUGGGGGAAAAUGGAAAAGACAAAAAGAGGAAAUGGAACUCAACUGAAGUGAAUGAGCUUCAUGAGACUUUACAGAGUGUGCCAGACGUUCCUGUAAAAGAGGCCACCAACAAUGUGGUGGAGAAAGCAACGGAUGAAAUCAAAUCCCAAGAAUUAAACCUGGAAGGGCAGCGAAAAAUUUCACCUGAUUCAAUAAAGGACUCUAAAACUGAAGCCUCAGGUAAUAUUGCAAUUAGAAAAUCUGCAAAAGUGAUUUUUGCUUUAGAUGAAACUGAACUGAAAUCAAAGCUAGAGCAACCAUGGAAGAAAAAUCUUUUUGAAAGAAUGGAGGCAAGAGCCCAAGCAAUGCAGCAGAAAAUAAUAGACAAGGAAAAUGUGAAGAAGGAACUAGAAAAAAAGGCUGAAAAAAAACUCCCUAGGGAUAAUUUGGCCAAAGAGUGGUUUAAUACUGAAAGCAUGACACUGAAUAAUCGUGCAUAUUUGCUUGACAAACUUUUACCUACCUUGGUUCCUGGAGUAGAAAACAUGUUAACUCAAGUAGAAAAGAAGAAGGUUUUGACAGAAGUUGAUACUCCAAGCAAGUUUGACCCAAUUAAUUAUUUGGGGGAAUAUUUAAUGAGAAACAAUCCUAAUUAUAUCAAAGACCCAGGAAUAUCUGGUUACCAGAGGGUGAUGAAAGAAGUCACAGAAGACCUGAAGAUAUAUGUUCCUGACACUAUCUGCAACAGAGUAUCCAAGAUGAAGGAGAAUGUUAAACAGAAUAGAAAACAAAGAGAACACAUAGACAAAAUCAAAGUCAAGGUGGCCAACACACGGAAACAGGCUCUGCAGGAGCAAUUUGAUGAAUGGAUUCUAGACCCUAAAGGAAUGAUUCCUAAGACAGUGAUUCAGAAUGUUCUUCAUGAAUUCUUUCAAAAUCCAGAUUUCAAGCUAGGAUCACACUGCGAACAAUUGGAUAUUACUGACUCAACAGAACCAAGAUUGAACAAAAUGGAAUUUACAGAAUACAUCUCUUCACAUAUUAAAGACCUGAAGAGUGAAAUGUUUGAGGAACUCCUUAAGCACCUUUGCCACUCUGCAGAUGAAUUCCGGGAGGUCAUAAAAGCUGACAUGCGGAGGCAGAUGUUCGCUGAACUCUUCCUACAUUGUGACCAUGGGAAGGUAGGGUUUUUGGAUCGGCAGAGGACAUUGGCCUUGCUGGAAUUGUUCUAUGACCAUAGUUCACAAAUGCUUAGGAGUUUACUUCGAAACCCACGACAAUGGCCAUUCAUUGAAUUUGAAGAGAUAAACUUGACUGAGUUGUGGGGAGACAUGGAUAAUCAGAAACACAUUUAUGAAGGUUUUGACGAAGUGCUCUUAGAGAUGAAUACAUUACUUUCUGCAAAACAUGCUAGCAAAACCCAAAGUAAAUUAUUAGAAAGUCCAGAUCAACCUAAACUUGAUGAACAGAGAACAUCAACAACACCACCAAACCCACCAGAACAGUGGAGAGGAGUAACUGCAGAACAAGGACCACAAAGAAUUUCAACUGAAGAACAAGGCAAAAAGUCAACUGCAGAACAAGAACUGUACACAGAAUCAGUAAUAGAACCAGGAACCCACACAGAGUCAACUCUAGAACAAGAGUCAAGUAGAGGGAUAGUAACAGAACAAGAAACACACAGAGAGUCAACUACAGAACAAGGACAGCAAAAAGGGUCAAUAGAAGGACAAGGACCACGCAGAGUGUCAGUUUCAGAACAAGGGGCACGCAGAGAGUCAGUUGCAGAACAGCGGUCACGCAGAGAGUCUAUUGCAGAACAGGGGUCACGCAGAGAGUCAGUUGCAGAACAGGGGUCACGCAGAGAGUCAACUGCAGAAAAAGAUCGACGCAAAGGGUCAGUAGCAGAACAAGGAUCACGCAGAAUGUCAACUGCAGAACAGGAAUCACUCAGAGAGUCAAUAAUAGAAGAACCAUACCAAAAAUCAGAACAAGCACCUUAUGAAGAGAUAAUUUCAGAAGAGCAAAAAGACUCAACUUCACAAUCAAGAAAAGAUAGUAUCUUAAAAAGUACAAAAUAUGGGGAGCCUAUACCCUCUGAGUACAUUGAAGUCCCUCUACAGGAAAAGAGGUCUUGGGAACAAGCAUAUGAAGAGGAAGUAUUCCUGAGUUCUGAACUGCAAGAGGAAGUUCCAACAUUAAGUAGAAAAGAUCACUUUUCAGAAACUACAAAAAAGGAAGUUCAGAAAGACAAGUCCUGUGAACCCAAGUCCCAAAAAAUAGAAGGAAAGUCAUGGUCAGGUGAAUUUUUUACUUGCAACUGGAAGAUGAAGUAUGUCACAUUUGAAGAUGAGGAACAGGCAAACUUAAUCUAUGGUAACUCCAGGUUCGCAGAUUUACACUCAAUUAUCAGAAAUAUUCAGUCCUGCAAGGAGGUAAAAGGCAGAACUGCCUUCAAUGGAGUUUCAUUCAAUCUGCUCCAGUUUGUGCAACUCCUGGAGACAUUUGUUGGUGAAGAUGCUCCCUUGAGUGUCAGCGAGACUCUCACCUCCUUUUUUAAGGAGGGCUAUGUUGAAACAGAACAAGAGAAAAUGAAUGCCUUAGAACAGUUUAGCCAAAAUGCUUUCCAAGUCCGACGGAGGCUUCUUCUAGAAGCCAUCUUUCAGAAGUGGGACAGUGAUGGCUCAGGCUUCCUGGAUCUGAAGGAAGUUGAUGAACUCUUAUACACAUACAAGGAGGGAAUGGAAAAAGAAUCUAUGAAGAAAGCUAAACUACACAUCCAAUUUCCAAAGCCACACCCUGGUCACGAAGUGAGAUUGUCUUCAAAACAAUUUCAGAAUUACAUAGAAUUGGUUGUAUCUGAACUCAGGGGCAAUGAAGACCGAGUUCUGGAAAGUGUUGUGGAAUUUCUGAUGAAUGCUUUAGAAAGGAGCCACAUUGAGAGUCUGAGGAAUUGUGCCAGGCGGAAGUGGCUGCACCAAAUCCAACGUGCUGCAGAGACAAGUGGAGUGUCCCUAGAGCCGGUGUAUAGUGAGGCCUUUAAGGCCCUCACGCAGGAUGCUGAAGCCCAUGGAAAUAAAAAGAUCAGUGCUCACAUUUCCCUCUUAGAAGAAAACCUACUACUGCCUGAGAAAGGGAAUGUUCUAUUGAGGAAUGUGGCUUGCACCUUAGAUGAUGCUCUAUUUGUACUGAACAGAGUGCUCUACAGGGACAUGAAAGGAAUCAGCUUUACAGUAGUGGAUGAAGGGAAGCCGAUCCAUGUUCCCCAAGUUCAGUACCACGGGAACAUCUUCUUCUGGGACCAGUCCCGUAAUAAGGAUGAUUGUAAUGGGUCAUUCCUGGCUCUGCCUCUUCAAGAUGCAUAUAUGAGGAUCUUUGGGGUCUUGGCUGUUGACACCCUUAGAGAUCCCCACGAAAUAAACAUCUUUCUACCUCAUGAGAUCAGAUUCUAUCAGGGUGUUGCCAAUGUCUUUAGCACUGCCUAUCACUACGUCCACAGCCGGGAGCACAUUCUGCAUAUUGUGAUCACUGGCAUUGGCUGGCUCUUUGACGUCACAUCCAGCAUCACCUCCAUCACUAUGUACUUUGUAGAGCCUAGCCCAGCCCAGGAUUCAGACUAUGUUUUACGCAACAUGAUGGUUACAGGGCAGCUGGGUCUAACAGAAAUCCACAAAAAUCCUCCUACCAUCCACAGGAAGUCAUGCAUCUUCAGAGAUUUCCUCUUUAAAUGUACUGACAGUUCAGAAGUCGUUCUGGCCUCUGCCUGUGGAGAAACCCACAUAGUAGUUCCACUUCGUGAGAGAACAGGAGAGGCUCUGGGGGUCCUCGAUUUUAACAUCGGCCGAAAUAGGAUGUUGUUGUAUCAAGAAUAUAAAGAUCUACAGAAAAUGAUGAAAGUGGUCCAAGUGGCCUGCUAUGAAAUCCUUGGCGAGUUAUCUGGAGAGAUAGAGAAAAAAUAUGUCUUAGAGAUUGAAAAGGUCGGGGAAGUCCAGCGGGCAGGAAUUCUCUUCUUCCGAAUCAUGCUGCUCGAGCUACAGGAAAGCAUACAACUACUCAAUUCCAUGGAAUUUGUGUCACUGUUGCUCUAUGACCAUACUCUUCUAACAGAGCCAAAUUAUCCUCAAGACAGCAAAUCCAUAGAGCUGAAAGCCAACAUGGAACUAGUGCGUGACACCCUGAAGGCGGUUAUCUUGUUCUUUCAUCCAGAGUUGGAAUUUUCCAGUGACUUUGGAAGUUGGGAUAAGUGUAAAUUUUAUAUUAACAAAUAUUUAGUCAACAAUAUUUGUGUCUUUGAUCCAACUGCCAAGCAUGUGGAAGUUAAUGUACAGCUCAUUGAUGAAUAUAUCAGAGGUCAUUCCCGAACCGAAGUAUGGAAAUUUGGUAAUGUUGUCAUUGAACAUCUAUACCACUGGAUACACAUCUGUUCAGCUCUCACGAAGAUAACCAAAAAACUAAAUAGUUCUAUUACACCCCCGUUGCCCUCCAAGACUGACAAUUAUAUGUAUGCAAAAAUGCCAGGGGAAGGUUUGCAAGAUAAGUGAUAAUGAAUGAUAAUGGAAUUGGUACUGUAUUUAGGAUCCUUUGUUCAUGUUCAGUUUUGUUUGUUAACUAUAAAAUAUUUUCCAUUGGAAAGGGGUACCGAUAAACAUCUUCUGCUCCUAACAUUUAUCUCAGCACUUUCUAAACCCAAAAGUGGUACCUAAGAAGAAAUUUAGCCAAAAAAUAUCCAGCGAAGGUAGCCAUAGCCAAGUGUUUCAAGUAUGUUAUAGAAUAUAUUUGAAAGCUUCCUUUCAGUUUGAGCUUUGUAUCUGCUGUGGAACUGUUAUGGUUGAUUGAGUAGUUAUUUUUCAUUCUUAUAAGGUGCAAAGUAACAACUGAGGAUUUAGAAAACAAGAAUACCAAACAGAAUACCAAAUAAUAAAGAUAAACCAAAAGAAUACCAAAUAAUAAAGAUUUUUAAGAAAUGGA